AUGGCGCUCAUCGAGGGCGUCGGCGAUGAAGUGACGGUGCUGUUCGCGCUGCUGCUGGCGGCCGCCGUGCUGGGGCUCGCCUGGGCCUCCACGCGCGCUCCCGAGCCCGCGGCGCCGCCGACCGAAGCGGCUCCGAGCACGGCCCCCGCCGAGCGCAAGGCCCCGACCCCAGCCCCGGCCCCGGCCGAGGGAGCGGCGGGCUCCGAUGAGGCGGCGGGGCUGCGGCAACGGAGCCCUCCCGCGGCCACCCCCGAGGGCCCCGCCGAGCCCACGCUGGUGCUGCGGCUCAAGUUCCUGAACGACACGGAGCGCCUGGCGCGGGUGCGCCCCGGGGACACCGUCGGUGCGCUCAAGAGGACAUACUUCCCCGGGCAGGAGCAGCAGGUGCGGUUGAUCUACCAGGGGCAGCUGCUGCGUGACGAUGCCCAGAGCCUGGCGGGGCUGCACCUGGGCCACCUGAGCGUCCUGCACUGUCACCUGUCCCCGCCCAGUGUGGCCCCCACUGCCCCCGGCACCCCUGGUCCCCGCAACCCCGCGCCCGCAGCACUGGGCGUGGGCAGCCUGGCGCUGCCACUCUUCGUGCUGCUGCUGGCCCUGCUCUGGUACCUGCAGCUGCAGCACCGCCACGUCUUCACCGCCACCGCCACCACCUGCCUGGCCGGCCUCACCCUGCUCGUCACCUUUGUGGCCUUCGCCAUGUACCGCAGAUAGCGCAGCCCAGACCAGCGCCUGGGACACGGGGGACCUAGAGCCGCACCUGGGACACUUACAGCCUGCCCAACCCACCUGGGACACGGAGGGUUCUGCAUUCAGCCCACUCAGCAUACCGGGGGCACGUGGGGCCUGCCCACCGCACUGGAAGCGGGGGAACUGGGCCCUGCUGUGUGUCCCCCACGAGCCCAGGAGUCCCGAGCAGGUGCCCACCCACGCCCUGUCGGCACACAGGGGCUGCUGCAGGAGCUGGGGCUCAGCUACCUCGUGGGGGUCCCGGUGCCCCCUGUCCCUGCAUGGAGCAUUUCCCCAGCCACUCUGUGUAGAAGCUCCUCGGGUGCAGUCGUGCCCGGGGUGGUGUCCGUGCCUGGGGAGGGACGUGAGCCCUGGGGUGCCGAGGGUCCCGGUGCCGGCGGGAUGCGCUCCUGAGGUCCCUGUGCCGGGGGAGAAUUUGUGCCCCCAGGUAGGCCCGGUGCCGGGAGUGGCUGCACGCCCCAGUGUCCCGGGGGGUUCCGAUGCUGUGUUGGGGGGUCCC